AUGAACCACCACAGACACCCGUUGUUGGACAACCUACGUGGAAAGGUUUCCCAUGAAGCACUUGAUUUGCUGGAAAAAGAGCUAAUGAAGAAGCUGGAGGUGUUGCGGAAACUUAACGCAUCAUGUGGUUGCCAUAUGUGGCUUAGCUGUGGAUUGCCGUGUGCUUGUAGGCUGGAAAACUACAAACGUACAGGGCGUAUGAUACAACUCGACAACAUAGAUGUAUUCUGGCGUAAGCUUGACUUGCUCCCGUGUAAACUGGUAGACGAGGAAGUCGAUAUUGUAGCAGAGCUCAAUAAUGUGCGGCAACAUUUAGAUGCGCAGUCCCCCGUUCAGCAAAAGAGUAUGCUUUCAAAGAUAAAACCGGUCUUCACCCCGAAAUCGUCAACCAAGAAACCACCGAUCGUCCAACAAAAUACUCGCGGUCGGCCUACAUCAAAGAAAGUACAAGAAAGGCUAGAUGAAGAUGCGAGGUUAGACGAAGCUGCGAGAUACAGCUCCUAUGGCGAGGACAGCAACGUAUAUACCGCUUCCCCCAAACAUAGGUACGAUUUACCCCGACAUAGCUCAUACGUACCGUCAGAGGGCUCUCGUGGAACUGGUUCGGUUGUGAAGUCUGAAAAACCUAAAAUGCAACCAAACAGUUCAACGAGUUCUAAAAAGAAGGAGACGCGGGAUGAUCAGGGUUUUCCAUUAAUGAAGGGGGACGAGCACUUGUUAAGCAUUAAGAGGUUUAAGAAUCAAAUUCCAUCAGAGUUUCACUCUUACAUAUCGCGUAUACAAGAUGUGACCCAAGACGGUCAUUAUGGGUACAGGUCUGUAGCUGUCGGUUUAGGUUUUAUGGAACACGCAUGGCCCCGUAUUCGAAGUGAUUUACUACUGGAGAUUGACCAUAACAAGCAGCGUUGGAAGCAUGUAUUUGAAACAUAUAACAAAGGAGACUUUAAACGAAUACGUAACAACAUCGAAUGGAAUUCAGUGAAAGGGUGCGAUCAAAGUCACUGGAUGGAAAUGCCCCACUUAGGGCUUCUCAUAGCGCAAAGGUAUAAUAUUGUCCUCCACGUGCUAAGCAUCGAAUGGAGCUCUACCAUCUUCCCAUUAACGGAUGCUCCACUAGAUCCACGACCUCAAGCGAUAACGCUCGUACAUGUUGACGGGGGACACUUCAUACAUGCUAAGUUAGAAGGAGACUACCCCAUGCCUUUAGUGACCCCGUUGUGGUCGACACAUCUAUCAAUAGCUGCGAAACGGUGGGAAGAAAUGUAUAGACCGCGGUUACAGCACUACUACGAGUUAAUCAAUCCUAAAUCAGACUCAGACAAAGACAAAGACAAAGAACCGAGUUUAAAUGUUAUUGAAAAUUAA